AUGGUGCGAACCAGUUUGUUCCUGGCAUCCUUUGCCGCACAUGCGUUAUCCUUCGUUUCAGCAGACAUUGCCCCGAGGGACUCAUAUUCCAAGGACGUCAUCUGCGUUGGCAACAACUGGACGCCUGUGCUCAUCAGCAUCACCCCCGACAGCUGUGGAGGGAAGAGCUGUAAAGCCGCAGAAUUGUGUAUCGCCGAAAGCUGCGUUCCUCUCAAGCUUGGAGCCAACCACGACCAAUGCGGAGACAGCAAGACGGCCUGCGGGCCCGGACAGUGGUGUAACAACGGAAAUUGUGACCCGAUCGAAAUCAUCGCCAAUCCCUUGACGUGCGGCAAAGGUGGAAAGUGCAAAGCCGGAGAGCUUUGUAUCAACGGAGCCUGCCUUCCAAUCAACUACGGUGACGACGCGAACUGCUGCGGCCCCGAUAAGAAAGAAUGUUCCCCCGGACAUGUGUGUCUCAAUGACGCGUGUACCCCCAUCACUAUCGGCUCGAGCGUCAGAUCCUGUUCAAAGAACGAGGAAUGUCCCUAUAGCAACAAGUGUGACAAGAACGUGUGCCAGCCCGUUAUCAUUGGCACCGAUCCUCUGUACUGCGGCCCCGAGGGAAAGGCAUGCGAGGCCGGCAGCGUUUGCGUGUCUGGCAGCUGCCUUGACUUGAAUAUCGCAGAUGCCAAGGGCAAGACGUGCGAACCUGGGUCUGUGAGCCUCGACCAAAAAUGCAUCGCCAUCCAUAUCAGCACCGACGGCUCUGCCUGCGGCACGUCUGGCAAGGCUUGUGACGCCGGCAAGGUCUGUAUUUCUGGAGUGUGCAUUGGUGGCUUUGGAGAUGCCUCCGCUGCCGUUCUAAGCUCAUGCGAGGGCUCUUCCGACCACGGUGGUAGUGGAAACAAACAAGACGCUCCUAGCUCUGAAGGUGCGCCUAGCCCUCAGAGCGAUGGAUGGCCAUCGGACAGCAAUCUUGGCCCUUUCACCAACUAUGACAACCGCCGUAUGACGGUCGGAUCCUGGGCCCCAGACGCUCCAGCACCCCGCCCAGGUGACGGUACCUGUUACUGGCCAACGGAGGGUUAUUGCCGCAAUGGCGAGGUCUAUAUGGAUGGCUUCUGCGUGGAUAUCAUUGGUGAUGUGAACAACUGCGCCGGUCCAGGCCAUGCCUGCCCAGCAAACAACCUUUGCUGCAGUGGCAAUUGCUAUGUCGUUGAGGUUUUCCAGACACCUGACAACUGCAGCGGCAAAGUCUGCGGACCAGGGCAUGCGUGUGUCGAUGGAUCUUGCGAGCCUGUUGUCGUCUAUCGAGAUUCCUCCAAGUGCAAGAACGUUGACUGUGGCCCUGGAAGGCUAUGCAUUUCUGGAGUUUGUGUGGAUAUCAAGGGCGAUUCCAACAACUGCCCAGCCGACGGCCACGCUUGUGAUCGCGAUAGCGUCUGCAUUCUCGGCAACUGCGUCCGCAUAAACACCCAUGGUUCUGAGAACUGUGGCGGUAAUUGCAGGAACAAUGAGGUCUGCGUCGACGGCUGUGCCUGCAUCCACGGCAAGUGUAUCACCAUUGGAAACCCGGUCACCUGCAAGCUCGGAGGCAAAGACCUCGUGUCCUCCGACUACAACGGCCCAUGCCCUCCUGGCUUCAUCUGCAUUGAUGGGACUUGCAUCCCCUUCGCGUCUCCUAGCCUAUGCGAUGCCUACGGAAACCAGUGUCCCGCCAAUUCUGUCUGUGUUCUGGGCAACUGUAUUCCACUCAGCAACCCUGCGCAAUGCGGCUCAGACAACAGGCCCUGUAACCCCAGUGAGGUCUGUGUUGGAGGUUUCUGCACACGACUUUCAGGUCCAUACUGCAAUACCAAUGGUGACUGCCCAAUCAACCACCUCUGCGACAUCAACACUCGUCUCUGUCACCCUCCCACCCUUGGCUGCGCCUCCAGCAAAGAUUGCGCUUUCGGUCAUAUUUGCAACGAUAGAAAUAUCUGUGUUCCCGAAAAGUUCGGCUGCCAGUCCACUACAGACUGCCCCGCUGAGCACAUUUGCAACGACAGAAAGAUCUGCGUUCCCCAGAAGUUUGGCUGCCAAUCCAAUUCAGACUGCUCUCCUUGGGACGUUUGCAAUUACCAUAAUAUUUGCGUCCCUCGGACCCUCGGUUGCCAGUACAACACGGACUGUCCUUUCGGAGAGCGUUGCGAUGAGCGGCAUGUGUGCGUUGCCCUGCCUGCCAUCUGUCAGUCCAAUGGAGACUGCCAGAAUGGCCAAAUUUGCAAUGGAAACAAGAAUUGCGUCCCCCAGACUGUGGGCUGCACAUCAAGCACACAAUGCCCUUUCGGACACCGUUGUAACGACUAUGGCAUCUGCAUUGUUCUGCCCGUCCUCUGCCAGGAAGAUAUAGAUUGCCCUGGGCAGGCAUGUGGUCCCAAUAAGGUGUGCGGUCCCAAGAGCUGCAAGUCAAGCACAGAAUGUGCCUUUGGACAGGGCUGUAAUGACCAAAGCAUCUGCACUGUUCUCCCCAGAAUUUGUCAGAACGGUGAAGAUUGUCCAUUUUACGAGGUUUGCAAUAGUGGCAGCAAGACAUGUGUUCCUCGAACUACCGGCUGCAUGGUUAGCACCGACUGCCCUGUCGGCGACUUUUGCAACGACUACAAGAUUUGUGUUCCUCUGGCUGUUGGCUGCCAGACAGACGACGGCUGCCCACAAGGCAAGUCCUGCAAACACAAUAUUUGCGUCAACGCGCCUCUCCUCUGCCGCGGCAAUCGUGACUGCCCCUGGGGCUAUGCUUGUGAUGUACCAGCGCAGACCUGCAAGGCUAUCGGUCCCACGGGCUGUGAUUCCAACACUGCCUGCCCAGCCGGCCAUGUGUGCAAUUUCAACAACCGGGUUUGCGAGGAAGUCAAGCCAGGCUAUUGCCAGAGUGACGGCGACUGCCCCAGUUACCAAAAGUGUGACAAGGCCGCUCAUGUUUGUCAGACCCGCACCGUGGGUUGUUCCGUUAACACAGAUUGCUCUCCUGGGCAAGUUUGCGAUAAUUGGUACCGAAUAUGCGUGGCCGGGCCGACGAGCUGCGACGGUUUUAGGCAAUGCCCAACCGGCCAGUACUGCAACCCUCAGAACAUCUGCGUUGUCUCGCCCACCCUCUGCCGCGGCACCUCAGAUUGUCCCUCGCGUCAGUUCUGCGAUACGAACACUCGCACUUGCCAGGAUAUUGGACCCGUUCCUUGCGAUAGAACUGGCGACUGCCCUUCCGGACUUGUCUGCAAUACACGCUUCCACGUCUGCGAGCCAUCGAUUCCCGGCCCUUGCAGUGUCGAUAAUGACUGCGCUCCUAGCCAGAAGUGCAUUACUAAUACUUGCCAGACUGUCGCUCCCACUCGCUGCUCUGCGGAUGGUGACUGUCCUACGGGCGAGCAGUGCGAUAAGAUCCGCCAGUUCUGUGUUGGCAAGCCCAUUUCUUGCAGCCUGGACACCGACUGCCCGAGACAAGAAAUUUGCGGUGCCGGUAGCGUCUGUACCCCUGUUGUCAAAGGUUGCCAGGUGCCAACAGACUGUGAUGAUGGACAGACUUGUAAUACCGACAACAUUUGCGUGGUCUCGCCUGAUGUCUGUCAAGUCAACUCGGACUGCUAUCCUGGUGAGAUCUGCGACACUUCGGCCAGCGCAUGCCGGAACACUGGUCCAAUCCCUUGUGGUAACGACUAUGAUUGUCCCGGUAGAAAUCGCUGCAAUAACCAGUACAAGGUCUGUGAACUAUUUGUCACCCUACCUUGUAGCGCAGAUACAGAUUGCCGCUCAGGCCAGGUCUGCAACGUCAGCGCACGCGUGUGUGUGACUCGGGCUCCCACACCUUGCACGGCUGGAACAAACUGCGGCGUGGGUUUGGUGUGUUCCUCGUCGAACAUCUGCGUUGCCGCACCCGUUGAAUGCACCGCGGACGCUCAGUGUCCAUCUGGCAAAAUCUGUGGUACUAAGGGUAACUGUGAGGUUCCCCUCCCUCAAUGUCAGGUCAACAAUGAUUGCCCCAUCGGGCAGCGUUGUGCCUCUGGUUCGAAGUGCCAAUUCGUUGGACAUGUGCCUUGCCGUUCAACCGAUAACUGCCCUCAGAAUUCCAUAUGCAACACCGAUCUUCACAUCUGUGAGCCCCAGGAGGAACUUACUUGUCUGCAGGAUGGAAAUUGCCCAGCCAGCUACUCAUGUAUCAACGGGUACUGCCUGGUUCCUGGCUCGCAGACGUGCUUAAGGAAUGCCGACUGCCCCGAAAGCCAAACUUGCAACUAUGAGUUCAACAUUUGUGCUGCUGCCGCUGCCAAAUGCACCCAGAACUCUGACUGUCCUUCCGGUGUGACUUGCGGUACAGAUGGUUCUUGCAUCUUGGGACCUACGACUCAGGCCUUAUGCCAGGUCAACACGGAUUGCUAUCCCGGCCAGCUUUGUGACGCUACCAGCGGGAACUGCCAGUUCAUCGGCGCCUUCGCCUGCCAAAGUGAUGAUACCGAAUGCCCUGCCCGCGCCAGAUGCGACUCGGUCAACCACAUAUGUGUGCCCCAGGAUCCAGUCGCUUGCUCAUCUACUGGCGACUGCCCGGGCGGGUAUUCCUGCGAUGAUACUUCUGGUUCCUGCCUGGCAAUUUCUCCAGCUCAAUGCGUCCAGACAAGUGACUGCACUCCUGGGCAAGUUUGCAAUACCACUUACGGUUUCUGCACUGCCCCCCCUCAGAAUUGCCUGAUCAACUCCCAGUGCCCAUCUGGACAAACCUGCAGCUCCACUGGUCUUUGCACCGUCUUGCCGCCAGACUGCCAAACCAAUGUUGACUGCCCCGCAGGACUGUAUUGCGAUACCGACGCCGUCGAUUGCUUGUUCCGAGGUCCCCUCGCUUGCAGCAAAGACCAAGACUGCCCGGCUACUCUUGCCUGUAACACUCUCCUCCAUGUAUGCCAGCAAAUUGGAACCAAGCAAUGCUAUAUUGAUGACGACUGUUUCGCCGGACAAUCGUGCAAUUUUGCCACUGGCGUUUGUGAUACUGAUGUGCCCGAUACAUGUGCCAGCGAUAGCGAUUGUUCUCCUGAUCGCAGCUGCAACGUUCAGUAUCAAAUCUGCGUUGCCAAGACUGCCGGGUGCACCCAGACUUCCGACUGUAUCUCGGGUCAGACCUGUUCUAGCGGUGCCUGUGUUGUUUCGCCAAGCUUCUGCCGCCUUGACGGCGACUGUCCUUCUGGCAGUACCUGCAGCAAUAAUGCCUGUAGCUCUACAAGUUGUCAAUCGAACAGCGACUGUCCGGCUGGCUAUACUUGUGGCAUAGAUGGCGUCUGCUCCAUUGCCACGGGAGGCAACUGCAGAGCCAACAGAGACUGCCCGUCUGGUCAAGUAUGUGAUCAACGCAGCCUGAACUGUGUCCUUACUGGUCCCACAGCGUGCGAUCCGAACUCGACCUGUCCCGAUGGCGAUAUUUGCAAUACGUCUCUUAACGUUUGCGAACCUGAGUACCCCAACGCCUGUUUGGAUGAUUCAUACUGUCCUUCUGGACAAAGAUGCACUCUGUCAACCAGCAUUUGUGAGACGAUUAUACCUGAUACCUGUGCCCAGGAUAUUGACUGCCCUGGGAACCGAGUCUGCAACACCCAGUUCCGGAUCUGUGUUGCCGGUACCGCCGAAUGCGCCCGCAACAGCCAAUGUCCCUCGGGUCAGAUUUGCAACACCAGUGGCAACUGUGUCGUUUCUACUCCCCUCUGCCAGGUCAACGCCAAUUGCCCCCCUGGACAGACCUGCUCAGGUGGCAGUUGCACGUCUUACGGCCCAACUAGCUGUGAGAAUAUCAGACAGUGCCCCGGAAGCUACGUUUGCAACACAUCUACCCACGUUUGCGAACCUGCAACCUUCGGCUCAUGCACGGUCAAUUCGGAUUGCUUGUCUGGACAAUACUGCGCUGCCGCAAACCAAUGUGCAACAAUUGCUCCUACUCAGUGCGUGGUAAACAGCAAUUGUGGCACUGGCCAGACGUGCGAUGUCAGGUAUGGAAUCUGUGUUGCUGCUGCCGCGACCUGUACUGCCGAUACAGACUGUCCUUCCGGCGCAGGUUGCGCAAGCGGCACAUGCACUGUUUCGCUACGCGUUUGCACAGUUAACAUCGAUUGCCCCUCGGGUGAGAUAUGUGGCAGUGCGGGCUGCGACUCAAGUGGUCCGGUCUCUUGCAAUAUCAACGGUGACUGCCCCGGUAACCAGAUUUGCAACAGGUUGUAUCACAUUUGCGAGCCCAGGACAGCCGCCUCUUGCACGGAUGAUGGCGAAUGCUCACGAGACCAACAAUGCACCAACGGUUUCUGCGCGGUUCGUCCACCUGCGAGCUGCACGUCCACGGCGGAUUGCGCUAAUGGAUUGGUCUGCGAUACCACGUAUUCUGUCUGUGUGGCUCCCCCUCCUUCUUGCCAGACUACCGCGAACUGCCCAUCGGGUAUGACAUGCGGAACCUCGAAUGUGUGUAUCAUCGCUUCAACGAGCGAAUGCGGAGCCAACAGGGACUGCCCGGUCGGAAGUACCUGCAACCAGACGACAAAAUCUUGCCAGUCUGCUGGAGCAAUCGGGUGUAGUUCAGUUGCAGACUGCCCGUCAAGUACCCAGUGCAACACCUCGUUCAAUGUGUGCGAGCCCGUCAUCCCUUACCGAUGCGCCCAGGACUCGGACUGCCCAGGUGGCCAAUCAUGCAACUCUGGAUCGGGAGUGUGCCAGACGACUGCUUCUGUUAGAUGCACUCAGGAUGGCAACUGCUCUAAUGGGCAGGUAUGUAACACGCAGUUCGGCAUCUGUGUCGCCGCCGCGACGGGCUGCCAAAACACCUUUGACUGUCCCUCUGGCGAGACCUGCGCUUCCAACGGUUUCUGCAGCCCCGUUCAAUGCCGGGUCAACAACGAUUGUCCCAGUGGGAAUUACUGCAACCAGGGCACGAGGAGUUGCGUGUCUCCUGGGCCUACCAUUUGCAACGGUAACGGUGACUGCCCUAGUGACAGCAAUUGCAAUACCUCGCUGCAUGUUUGCCAGCCCAAGGACACUGUCAGCUGCACAUCGGCGGCUGAUUGCCCAAGUGCACAGAAUUGUAACAGUUUCUUCGGGGUGUGCCAGACCACGACGCCCCAGCGGUGCGAGUCCAGCGCUCAAUGCUUCUCAGGGCUGACUUGUAACCCUGAGUACAAGAUCUGUGUUGCCGCAGCUGCCACUUGUACCAUAAACUCUGACUGCCCAUCAAACAACCUAUGCAGUAAUGGCGCCUGUGUCGGUGCUGGAUGCAGCACCAACAGCGACUGUCCUACCGGCAACCUGUGUAAUACGCAGACCAAGGCUUGCCAGUCAAACGGACCUAUCAGUUGCAGGUCUACUGCAGACUGUCCCAACGCUUUCAGCUGUAGCUCGCAAUACAAGAUCUGCGUAUCGACGAACGCAGUUUCUUGUAGUAAGGAUACAGACUGCCCGAGCGGUUCAAACUGCAACACGGGGCAAUACGUCUGCCAGACCACGGCUCCAGUUACCUGUACAUCGACUGCUUCGUGCUCACCUGGGCAGGUUUGCGAUUCCGUCAACCAGAUCUGCGUGGCCGGACCCGUUAGCUGCACUGGUUCUACCCAAUGUCCAUCCGGGCAGACAUGCGGCUUCAACGGUCAGUGUAUCAGUUCCGGGUGCGUCGUCAACUACGACUGCCCUGCCGGAAACACUUGCAACCAGACAACAAAGACUUGUGAAAGUAAUGGGCCUAUUGGGUGCACUUCCACUGCAGACUGUCCUGCGCAGGAUAACUGCAACACCAAUUUGCGUGUCUGCGAGCCCAAGCAGCCCGUCGCAUGUAGUACAAACGCCCAAUGCUCAAGUGGCCAGAGUUGCACUCGCGGUACCUGCACGACCACAACGCCUACCACGUGUACCGCGGAUGCCAAUUGCCCUACCGGACAGACCUGCUCCGAAGCAUAUGGCAACAUUUGCGUUGCUGGACCUGUGGACUGCACGGCUGACUCCGACUGCCCAUCUCGUGAGAGGUGCGGAUCCGAUGGCGUGUGCAAAGCAGCUCCCAACUGUCUGGUCAACACUGACUGCGCUACGGGUAAUAUCUGUGAUACCAAGACCAACACAUGUACCCCUGGUGGAACCUCCACCUGCCAGAACAACAGCCAGUGUGGCAGUGGCCAGUUCUGUCUACUCUCCAGGAACGCUUGCGUUGCUUCUGGUCCUACUGCCUGCUCAUCGAACAGCGACUGCACUGCUGCCGGCACUGCAUGCAACACCCAGUUCGGCAUCUGCGCGAGCGCCACACCCAGACAGUGCAGCUCUCCAUCCGAUUGCUCCAGCACUGAGGUGUGCAACCCGAUCACUUCUGCGUGCGAGCCCACAGCUCCGCGCGGUUGUGGCAGCGAUAGGGACUGCCCUGUUGCCCAAGCCUGCAACACCGACCGAUUCAUGUGUGUUGCGUCGGCGAGCUUCUGUCAGAGGAACGCAGACUGCAGCCCGACUCAGUCCUGCGACCUGCAAGCCAACGCCUGUACACAGAACUGUGAUGCAAGCACUGCCUGCCCAACUGGCCAACAAUGUCAGUCCGGUAGAUGCCAGAAGACCCCAGGAUAUUGCGAUAACAACACUCCAUGCACUACCGCUGGCCAGAACUGUGUGUCCAACCUCUGUGUAUCCAACACCUAUUGCGAUGAUAAUACGCCAUGCCCUAGAGGCCAGACUUGCUCUACGAACACCUGCCAGGUGGGAGCUGCCUGUAACGCUAACACACCUUGCACUGUUCCGGGCCAGACUUGUAGCUCAUUGAAUGUGUGCGUGUAUCCUGACGGCUACUGCGAUGCGAACAAGCUCUGUCUUCAAGGCCAGAUUUGUGUGUCGAAUGUCUGCAGAGAUCCCGACUACUGUGACGCGACGACUCAAUGCACGGCACCUCAGACAUGUGUAUCGAACGUCUGUACAGAUCCCGACACCACACCUCUCGCCUGCAGCAACUCAGUCCCAUGCUCUGAUCCAAGCCAGUUCUGCAACCUCAUCACAUCUACGUGCACAACCAUCGCGGGCUACUGCACUGCCUAUACCGGCGCGGGUAAUACCUGCGACACAGGGUAUUAUUGCGAUCUUGCGGGCACCCACGUAUGCAGGCCCAUCCCCAACUACUGUCAGUCCGACGUCGAUUGUGGACAAGGCAACUACUGUGAUAGCAACUUCUGCCGGCCUUCUGAUGGCUACUGCGGCACUUCUGGCCCCUGCCCUCUCGGCCAGUCGUGUCAGAACGGCGGGUGUGUUCCAAUCUCUGGUUUCUGUCUCCAGGACUCUGAGUGUCUUGCAAGAGCAGCGGGUACCUACUGCAAUCAGAACACAAAGCUGUGUGCUCCUGUCCCCAAGUACUGUUCCGCAGACGUUCCAUGCCCGACCGGCCAGUCAUGUUCAGAAUAUGGAAUCUGCGACUCCAACAGCAACACCCCGUUGUACUGCGAUGGUACUGCCACGUACCCAUGCGCCGCCGGAUAUACCUGCAACACUGCCGAAUUGCGCUGUACAGUCCUCGUGGAUUACUGCCCGCCACCGUUUGGAGGAGCCUGUGACACAGGAUACACUUGCGAUACGGCGACGGGCGAAUGUCAACCGAACAGUGGCUGCACCGCGGCUGGCACAUGCCCUCUUGGACAAACUUGCGGCACAACCGCCACGAGCAAUGGACGCAACGUUUGCUCCACGACCCCAGGCUUCUGUGCAUCAUCGACAGACUGUCUUCCCAACCAGUUCUGUGAUCCGGCAAACUACCAGUGCGCCCUCAUCUCAGGCUUCUGCAGCGCCAACUCCCAGUGCGCGACUGGGCAGUUCUGCCAACUCAACGUUAACCGCUGCGAGAACAUCCAGGGAUACUGCACCCAGACCUCAGGCUGUGCAGCAGAUCAGACCUGCGACACGACCAGGAACCAGUGCAUCCCCAAUCCUCAGUAUUGCAGCUCCAACUUUGGCUGUCCUGCGGGCACCACGUGUCAAAGCAACACUUGCACGGGCACUGCCAUCACUUGUACGGUACAGACCGAUUGUCCCGGUGGCCAGAUUUGCGGAACCGGUGGUAGAUGUGCCCUCCAACAGGGCUUCUGCGUGUCCAGCACAGACUGCGGUGCCGGUAGCCAGUGCUCCAGCACAAACGCCUGCGAGCCAAUCUCUGGAUACUGUAGCUCGACCGUGCCCUGCUCCCAGAUCACCGAGGCCUGCGACUACGGACGAAAUGUCUGCUACAAUCCCGAGGGCGUCUGCUACACUGAUGCCACCUGCGGUGCAAACGCCUACUGUGCCCUGGGUGCGGCCGGCUCCAGCGGCAUCUGCACGCCUACAGGAGGAUACUGUUCUCCUACAUACACUUGCCCGACAGGUCAGACGUGUGUCAAUGGCGUCUGCACACUCGGCAGCGGUUACUGUGCGGCGACGAGAGACUGCCCGUCCGGCCAAUUCUGCGCUGGCAAUACGUGUUCCACAACUCCCAAGUCAUGCACCACCAAGCAGGACUGUCUUGUCAGUCAGAACUGCAAUACCGUUUUGUCCCAAUGUACCGACAUCACCCAGUUCUGCGUUUCGAACGGCGACUGCACCGCUGGUACCCAAGCCUGCAACUUGAGGCUGAACCAAUGCGAGUCGACUAGCGGCCCAUGCGCCGCCAACACCGACUGUCCCUCAGGAUAUCAGUGUAACGCACCUUCAUGCGUUGCCAUCCAGGGCUUCUGCAGCCAAGACACGGACUGUGGCCCGGGAACCAGGUGCAAUCUCACCGACAACCAGUGCGACGAGAUCAUCGGUUACUGCGAUGCUACUGUCACCUGUCCCACGGGCCAGACAUGCAACCUCGCCUCCAACAGAUGCACGCAGAAUACCAACUACUGCACCGCGUCGUGGCAGUGUCCCACCGGCCAGACCUGCGACACCAGCACCAACACCUGUUCAGAUAACAGCCUCGGCGCGCCCUGCACCUCUGGCUCUUGCGGCUCUGGAACGUGUCUGCCACUCGUCAACGUGUGCGCCCAGGUCACGGGACAGAACUGCUACUUCCCGCAGCCCAACUGCGUGGUCGGUAUCUGUGCCCCCUUGCUCAAUGUGUGCGCGGCCAUCUCAUAG